CUCCUCUCUCUCUCUCUUGGGCUCCUCGAGGAGCAGGUAUGAAUAAGCGCCCCCCUCUGGAAGUUGUGGGUGGAAUGCCCAUCGUGGGGCACUUUGCAGAAAACUGGGAAAAUGUUCAGCGUUUCCAAGCUGGAGAAGGGGACCUGCUGAUAGACACUUACCCCAAAUCCGGUACCACCUGGAUCAGUCAGAUUGUGGACUUAAUCCUACACCAUGAAGACCAUAAGAAAUCCAAUGUUGGCGCCAUUUUUGAGCGGGUGCCCUUUCUGGAGUUUGCAGUGCCUGAUAUGCCCACAGGCACAGAACUCCUUAAUACAAGGAAGCCGCCUCGUUUGAUCAAGUCCCAUUUACCUGUGCACCUCCUGCCGGAAAGCUUCUGGCAAAAGAAAUGCAAGGUCAUUUAUGUGGCCCGAAACCCAAAGGAUGUUCUAGUGUCAUUUUAUUAUUUCUACCACAUGGCCAUUGUUCACCCAGAUCCAGGAACGUUUGAAGAGUUUCUACAAAAGUUCAUAGAGGGAAAAGUGUCGUAUGGAUCGUGGGGCGAUCACGUGAAGGAUUGGUGGAAGAUUAGACGACAGAGAGACGUCCUCUACCUCUUCUACGAGGACAUGUUAGAGGACCCAAAGCGUGAGAUCAGAAAAGUGAUGAAGUUCUUAGGUAAGGACCCAUCUGAAGAUAUUGUAGAGAAGAUUCACCAAUGCACAACCUUCAAGGCCAUGAAAGACGAUCAUACGGCCAACUACAGCACCAUCCCCCCUUCUGUCAUGGACCACUCCAUCUCACCCUUCAUGAGGAAAGGGACUCGUGGAGACUGGAAGAGACAUCUCACGGUGGCUCAAAAUGAAUUAUUUGAUGAAUAUUAUAGGAGGGAGAUGUCUGACACCGACCUGACCUUCCGCUUCUAGGACCAUAAAACAACCGUCAUACUUGUGUACCCCAUUAUUAUCAUUUUAAUAAAAUCUGAUUUGG